AUGGGUGUAUAUGUGUCUGAAUCGUCGAUACUGACGCCAAACGAAUAUACUUCUGUAUCAUGUAAAAAUAGAAGAUGCUAUGUUUUGAGACAUUCAUCAAAGUCUCCGAAGCAGGUUUAUAUUGGUGAACCAUUAUAUCAUCACUGGGAUUGUGAUUAUGGUGUAAAAACUUCCAAUGUUUAUUGUAUGACCAUCCAAAACUGUACAGUGACCAGUGGCACUUCAAAUUCCCGAAGAAUACAGAUAAUUGAUGAAUCUGGUUGCACAAAGUUUCCAAAUUUUAUUCCAGAUAUUGUCUACAACGGUGACCUUGAUGCUGGCAUGCAAACACAAGCAUUUUCACUUGAUGUUGAUCAGCCUGCUGUCGAAUUUAAUUGCAGUAUUCGUCUUCUGCUGAAACGGAAUGGCAUUUGUGAUAGACCAAGUUGUGAUUUGCAACUGGAAGAAAGCAAACUUUCAGAGACAAAUUGA